UGCGCGUGCGCAGUCGCGUCCCGUCAGUUGGCGGGGGGAAGCCGCGCGUCUGUUUGCCUGCAGUUUGCAGGUUGGGCCUCGUCGCUGUCAGUUGAUGUCUUUCUCCUUCGCCGGGCCUAUCAGUGUGUAGAGCUAAAUAAGUGGGGAGUGUUAGCUUAUUUCUCCAUGACUGGACUGUCAAGAGGACCAGAGGACCAAACAGACUUACUUUAAAAGAGAAAAAGAUCCUGAUGUCUGCAAACGAGUCUAAGGUUCUAUCACAAGAUGAACUCCGGAAAAGGCUGUACCAGACAUUUAAGAACCGAGGCAUCCUGGACACACUCAAGACACAGCUACGAAACCAACUCAUACAUGAAUUAAUGAAUCCAGUUUUAAGUGGAGAAAUUCAACCUCAAGCUGUUUCUCAUGAGUGCAGUUCACUGAUAAUUGGUGCUUCAAACAGUUUGGUGGCAGAUCACCUCCGUAGAUGUGGCUAUGAAUAUUCACUUUCUGUCUUCUAUCCAGAAAGCGGACUAGAAAAAGAUAAGCUGCUUACAAUGGAAGACUUGCUGCAAUUGAUCAGGAUCAAUCCAAAAACUGACCUCUAUAAAACACUGGUUUCUGCUUCAAAAAAGGAUUAUACAAAAGGCUUUCUUAUACAGAUUUUGACAGAGUUGACAGAACAUAACUUAAAUAAGGAGAACUGUAGCAUAGGAACUCAGACAAGUCCAUUGCCUGGUAAAGAAUCUCUUGCUGAAAAACUUCAACUAAUUGAUGAACAGUUUGCAGACCUGUAUCCUCAGCGCCACAUAUCUGAAUCCUUUCAAGUAAAACUUGCUGAAUACAGAAAAGAAAUAGAACAGCAGCAUCACGCAGAAAUGGCUCAAAAGUUAGAGCACUUCAGAGAGGUUGAAAUAGCCAAAAUUAAAAUGGAUGAGAGAGCGCGAUCUCAGAAAGAAAUUUCCGAACUUCGUCGAGAGCUUGAGAAAGAUCACCAGGCCAAGUCAGAGGCUCUGAGUUCUCGAGAGAGAAAUGCUAUUGAGAGACUUCAAAAACAGCAAGAGAUAGAUGCCAGAGAAAUUUAUCUGCAAAGGCAAAGCCUACUGAAAGAUAUUGAAACCAUUAGAACCCGAGAGGCAGAACUGAAGCAGAGAAUGGAAACUUUGGAGCUAGCUCAAAAGCUCCAAGAAUCAAAAAAUAAAACUGUUGAAGAAGCGCUUCAUCGUCGUGAAAUGGCUGUGAAGAAUAUUGAGGAGACUUAUGAACAGAAGCUCAAGAAUGAACUCCUCAAGUAUCAGCUUGAACUAAAAGAAGAAUAUCUACAAAGAACCAAAAAGAUUGCUGAAGAUGAGAGAAAACAGAAGGACAAAGCAAUGCUCUUACAUGAAGAGACAAUUUCUCUUAAUUCAAAAAAGCAAGAAUUUCAACAAACCAUAUCGCACAUAAAAGAUCUUGAGCUGGAAUUGGAUUCAAUCAAGGCUGAACUGUUGUUACUAAGUAAACAAAAUCAGUUGCUGACAGGAAAACUGAAAGACUUUUCAGAUUACCCCACAUUAAAAGAAGAGAAAAUGGAGCUUCAAGUGCAGAAUACUCUACUUCAGCAACAGUUGGAGGAGGCAUACAAUGAAAACCUACAACUCAGAAACAAGCUAAGUCAGCCAUCAUCUGAAUAUGUGAUCCUUCAGACAGAAUUAAAAAGAGUAGAACAUACUAGAAAACUUGAACAAGAGGAAUCUGAAACUCACAAGCAGCUCUUGGAAAAACAGUUACAAAAUGAGGUUGACCAUUGCUUACAAUUGAAGUCUCAGCUGUCAGAAUAUGAAAAUACUGUCAGGAAAUUAAAUGCUCAAAUGGAAGAUCUGAAGCUACAACUGAAGCAAACACAGACAGCACUAGAGAAUGAAGUGUACCGGAAUCCUAAGCCAUCCUUGGUCGAUCGUUCUGUCAUUGAUUUGAUUGGAGAUAAGUGUGUUCCUCAUGACAUUUAUGUCGAUGGUACUCUCUUGAAAAUGCACCCUUUGCCUGAUACUAUUGGAAUGGGAAAUGCUGUAAGCCCCAGCCAUCACCAUCACCUCCAAAGAUCCAGUUCUUCGUUGGAUUCUGAUUUAGAAUUUGUAGCUAACACCAAAGCUAGGAUAAAGGAAUUGGAGAGAGAAGCUGAGCAUUUAGAAAAGGCCUACAGAAAUUACCAGCACAGAGCCAUUCAAAGCAGUGUUGGCCCAAUGAAGACCCCAUCAUCUUUGCCUUUGCCAAAUGAUGUUAUUGUGGCGCCUGGCCAAAAACAUUGGGUUGCACAGAGUAAUCUGUAUUCCCAGGAAUUUCCUGUACACUGUCAAAAAAGUGAAAGCUAUAAUUGGACACCAGGAAAUGAGGAUUGUCUGAAAAUUAAUUUGACCCCUCCACAAAAAAGAACAGUUGCUUCCAGACGUCUGUCUUCUACUCCUGUUUCCAAAGCAAAACGAAACAUUAGCAACAAGCUGUUUUCUGAAGACCCCAGUGGCUCAUCACUUGCUGCUCCCCUUCAGAAUGCUGAUCAGCCUCUCUCCCCAAUUCCACGAACAGGCGGCCGCUUAUCUCCUGAAUCUGCUUCUAAUAUGUCUUCUUCCUCUUCAUCAGGCCCCAAUGAGAAAAAGUUAAGUCUUCAUCAGGAAGAAGGUGAAAAUCAGAAUUCUAACAACUCUGCGGUCCCUGAGAAUCUCUUGUAUGAUGAUCUUGAAAAUCAUGACUCUGAUAAUGAAGAUCAAGAGGACAUUCCAGAACAGCUCAAAAGCAAUGUGUCACAUCCCUCUGGGGACAUUGUUAGUGGGAACCAUGUCCCAGCCUAUGUGCCAGCAACAGGCACUUCACAGCAGGAGGACAGAAGUGAAGCAAAGGCAGAAGCCUUAGAGAAGGAAGUGCAUCUUGAAGAACAGCAAGAGGAAGCAGAGCAGGAGUGGCAAGAAAGGAGACACCAAGAAGAAAUAAGGCAGGCAGAGAGGUUGGAAGCUUUUGAAAAAGAUCAAGGGAAGCUGGAAAAACUGAGUGAAGAAAUGUGUGUUCAAGAAUCAGUGGAGACUGAUGAGAAAAUGCCACAUGAAGAAGUAACCAUUUUGGAAACCAGUAUGCCACAAUAUGACAAGAAGAAUGGUGGUGAUAUUCCUAAUCCAUUGGAAAAAUACAUGAAAAUAAUACAGCAAAAUCGAGAGCAAGAGCUUGUAGACAAGAACUCUAAAAAAGAAGAAACUGACAUACCAUCUGAGAGACUUGCAGACAGCAACAGGGAAGACAGCUUUAGUGCAGCAGGCACUCUUCAUGAAGAACCCGAUGAAGAUUUCUGGUGAAUAUCAGCUAUCUGAUUUUUAAAAAAUUGGACCCAUUAUAAAAGAGGAAUGACUGUUUGGAAGAUCCUGGUUUUUCAGAACACUGAAAUGUUUCAGUCUGCAGAGUAAUGAAGAAAUAGUGCAUUUGAAUACAUCACCUUCAGGAUUGUAACUGAUGUUAAGAGAACUGUUUUGGGAUUAAGAUUUCAAAGAACUGUACCUCAUCAGUUUAUUUCACCUGGUCUGUUAUAUAGGUGUGAGUGAAGAAGAAAUCUUUCAAUUAUAUAUUUUUCUCUAGUUUUUUUAAUGAACAAGUUUUAAUUGGGUUAUUUCUCAGUGUAAAUCCAUUUAAAUGAUAGAGAUAAUGAUAUUGUUUCAGAAGCGAUUGCAGGGUUUAUAGAUGAUCAACUAUUUUUCCACAGCUCUGGAAAGACUGUGAAAUUCACAAUGUUGAUUUGCUUCUUUAUGGGAAGUAAAUUUGUAGUGUCUUAAUAUUAGUUUAUUGACUGUAACUAUACAUAUUUUUGUGUAAGAAUCAGUGUAUUUCAUACUGUCAUUUUAUACAGCCAAGUGUUUUUCUGAUUUCCCCCCGUAAUGAUGACUUACUGUUAAAAUGCAUGCUGCUUAUACAGAUUAAUUUCUCACUGAGUGAGUAAUUCUUAAGGAUGUUUAUAGGAAGAAGACAGUAUGUUUAAACUUGAAAAUGGCAAGUAGAAAAACUUGCCCAUUCCUUAAAUGGAAAACCAGAAAGGCAACUUUUCACACUUCAACAAAAAAAGCCUUUCUUUCAAACUUCUAUUGUGGAUGAAACAGGGAAAAUUAACUAAGUACUGGAAGGUUGUCUGAACUGAUUAAAAUUGAAUGAAUCAUAUUGUUUUGUAUAGGAAUGUUGCUUUGGAGAGCAAUGGAGGAAUUAAUUUUGCUAAUUGCAUAUUUUGGUUUUGAGGAGACAUUAUGUGGAGAGUUGAUAAUAUUUUUUGACAUCCAUGAGAUAGAUAGAUACUGGAUAAUUUGUAGAACUGAAAAUACAUCUCUGUCUGGGUGGAAGUAGUCUCUUUGAAAACAAGGACACCUGUAGAUUAGAUUGUCAGCUCUGUCCCUCAACAAAUGUAUAGGUGAAAAGAGCUGCUGUGGUUUUGCAAACUUUUUUCCAGCAGUUUUUAUAUUUGAGGAUCAGUGUUAUACAGAAUCGUCACAAUAGUCUUUUUUGUUUAGCACAUAAACCUUCUAUCAAACAUCAGAUUGCUAAAAACAAGAACUUGCCCUUUUAUCAUAUUUACACGAGUGUAAUGCGCCAACAAAUGUAAUGCACACCUCAAUUAUGAAGGUGGGCAUUACAAUAAAAGGAUUUGCUGUUGAGUGUAAUACGAGAGAGUUGUGACCGCGAAAAAGCUAAUGGGAAGCUGUCCUCUCUGUCAGACCUGAUGGGAUGAUGGUGCAGGCUGAUGCUGUAAAAGUUUGGUGGGAAGCUGGCUUCCCACCAGGCCUGAUGUUGGGGUGCAGCUUCCCACCAGCCUUUUCAUAGCCAACACCAGCUUCCAUCACCUUUAUUCAGGGCCACUGCUGCUUCUCCCUCCUCUGCCCACAGCCAGGCUAUUUUGCCCAACAGCUCAGAUGAGUUUAGGUGUGUGAUUCUAAUGCACCAUCAAAUCUAAUGUGCACCUCAAUUUUGGCAAUGUAGUUUCACCAAAAAAAGGUUUGCAUUAGAUUCAAGUGAAUAUAAUAUUAGGGCUGUUCCAUAACCUUUCACAGUUUUUUUCUUUUAAAGAUAAGGUCCAUUUUUAUUUAUCCAUACAUCGUCCAAAUUCUUUGAUAUUAAGAUACUAUUGCAAGAUGAUCCUGUUUGUUUUUCUCACUUAUAAACCACAUACAACGCCUUCCAAAGUGUGUAGUAGUUUGAUACGUUUGCACAUUUGUAUCUGGAGAUGUUUGUUGGUAGAUCCAUCUUCCUAUUUAUUAACAAUGAUUCCUCUACUUUUCAGCAUAUGCCAAAACUCAUAAGCCAGUAAAACUCUAGGUACGAUGAACUGUACAACCCCAGUUGCCUACCUGUAAAAUAUUCUUAAAAGAAGCAUACACAAAUAUUGGUUCUAUUAUCUACAAAUAUUUAUUGUAACACUUGGAUAUAACUACAGGAAGCCCUUGGCACUGAUAGAAAAUAUUGAUUCACGGUUAGGUUACAAAAAUUUAUACAUAGCAAAAUUGAAUGCUCUUUACAUAAAAAAUAUUAGACUACUUAAACAAAA